AUGAUGUUCAAAGAAAGAAAGGAAGAAAGGAAGAAAGGAAGAAAGAAAGAAAGAAAGAAAGAAAGAAAGAAAGAAAGAAAGAAAGAAAGGAAGAAAGGAAGAAAGGAAGAAAGGAAGAAAGGAAGAAAGGAAGAAAGGAAGAAAGGAAGAAAGGAAGAAAGGAAGAAAGGAAGAAAGGAAGAAAGGAAGAAAGGAAGAAAGAAAGAAAGAAAGGAAGAAAGGAAGAAAGAAAGAAAGAAAGAAAGAAAGGAAGAAAGGAAGAAAGGAAGAAAGGAAGAAAGGAAGAAAGGAAGAAAGGAAGAAAGGAAGAAAGGAAGAAAGGAAGAAAGGAAGAAAGGAAGAAAGGAAGAAAGGAAGAAAGGAAGAAAGGAAGAAAGGAAGAAAGGAAGAAAGGAAGAAAGGAAGAAAGGAAGAAAGGAAGAAAGGAAGAAAGGAAGAAAGGAAGAAAGGAAGAAAGGAAGAAAGGAAGAAAGGAAGAAAGGAAGAAAGGAAGAAAGGAAGAAAGGAAGAAAGGAAGAAAGGAAGAAAGGAAGAAAGGAAGAAAGGAAGAAAGGAAGAAAGGAAGAAAGGAAGAAAGGAAGAAAGGAAGAAAGGAAGAAAGGAAGAAAGGAAGAAAGGAAGAAAGGAAGAAAGGAAGAAAGGAAGAAAGGAAGAAAGGAAGAAAGGAAGAAAGGAAGAAAGGAAGAAAGGAAGAAAGGAAGAAAGGAAGAAAGGAAGAAAGGAAGAAAGGAAGAAAGGAAGAAAGGAAGAAAGGAAGAAAGGAAGAAAGGAAGGAAGAAAGGAAGAAAGGAAGAAAGGAAGGAAGAAAGGAAGAAAGGAAGGAAGAAAGGAAGAAAGGAAGGAAGAAAGGAAGAAAGGAAGGAAGGAAGAAAGGAAGGAAGGAAGAAAGGAAGGAAGGAAGAAAGGAAGGAAGGAAGAAAGGAAGGAAGGAAGAAAGGAAGGAAGGAAGAAAGGAAGGAAGGAAGAAAGGAAGGAAGGAAGAAAGGAAGAAAGGAAGGAAGAAAGGAAGGAAGGAAGGAAGAAAGGAAGAAAGGAAGAAAGGAAGAAAGGAAGGAAGAAAGGAAGAAAGGAAGGAAGGAAGAAAGGAAGGAAGGAAGAAAGGAAGGAAGGAAGAAAGGAAGGAAGGAAGGAAGGAAGGAAGGAAGAAAGGAAGGAAGGAAGAAAGGAAGGAAGGAAGAAAGGAAGGAAGGAAGAAAGGAAGGAAGGAAGAAAGGAAGGAAGGAAGAAAGGAAGGAAGGAAGAAAGGAAGGAAGGAAGAAAGGAAGGAAGGAAGGAAGAAAGGAAGGAAGGAAGAAAGGAAGGAAGGAAGAAAGGAAGGAAGGAAGAAAGGAAGGAAGGAAGAAAGGAAGGAAGGAAGAAAGGAAGGAAGGAAGAAAGGAAGGAAGGAAGAAAGGAAGGAAGGAAGAAAGGAAGGAAGGAAGAAAGGAAGGAAGGAAGAAAGGAAGGAAGGAAGAAAGGAAGGAAGAAAGGAAGGAAGAAAGGAAGGAAGGAGGAGAUGAGAAGGAAGGUAUGAAGGCAAAUUAA